AAGAAAAGAAAAGAAAAUCCAAGUGACCAUACAUUUCACAAGGGGGAAAGGCCGAAAGAGGAGCCCCAAACCCUAACCCAGAAAGAGUUUCGCGGCGGCCAGCGGCAGCGAUGCAGACGCGGUCGCCGACAAGGCGCAAGGAGGAGUCGCCGUCGCCGUCGCCGGCCAUGGGGACGCGGGCAGCGGGGAAGCCCAAGACCACGGCGGCGGUCGGGGCGCGAGCGGCGAGGGGGAACAAGCAGGCGGGUGCUGCCACGAAACGCGAGGAGGCGACGGCGCCGGCGAUCACCAGCACCGGAAGUAGCCAAUCGCCGCCGCCAGAGGUGGAGCCGAGUACCCGCAAGGUGGAGGGUGGAGAGGGAGACUCCGCAUUGGCGAAGAGGGUGCGCGACGAUGAGGAGGAGGACAAGGAGGCUGCUCAGGCGUUCAAUUUCCGCCAUUUCUGGAAUUUCCUCUUCUCCGCCCAGGCCAAUUUCGAAGACAUCACUGAUAUACCACCUAUGAGGCACACGGAUGAUCCAGGCGCAAUAUAUGCCAAGUGCUAUGACGCGGUGCAGGUGUACUCGGUCGAGGUGAAGCAAAUCAAGUGUGGGUUGCGGUGGCCUAUCGAGGUGUUUGGCCAUGUCGCCGUGCGAGACAGCGUCGAUCGCAAGCGCAACCUCGUCUUCAAUCGUGGCCGGGACGAUUGCCAAACGCUCACGGCGGAGGACUCCUCUUUGGUGUUAACAGGGCCUAGUCGAUAUGUCUUGGCAAUGGACAAUCCGGACUUUGAAGUUGAGCUAAAGGUCAAGGGAAUUGCGGAGACUGAAGACAAGGUUUUGAGCUCUCAUGCCUUUACAUUCAACUGCAUCUAUGACGAUGGUAGUAGUGUUAAGAGGCGCGUGGCUUCCAACAAGCGCAGCACGGUGCAGAUCACGUUUGCUUUAAUUCCAGAGACAGUGGAGGCGACAUUUGAGGUUAAAGUCGUUGAUGGGUCAUUGGAUCCUUCCCUACGCCCACAUUUCUUUGCUUCUACUCACCACCAUCCCAGCACGGAAUGUGUGUUGCUUGAUCCUCGAGAGGGUGCAAUGGUGAUCAGCGACAAUAAUAGUGUCAAACUUACUCGAUCUGUUGUUUCCGUUGAAGUGCUGGGGGGAUUGAAGCUUACUGCAGAGGCUCUAGAUGAUGAAAAAGCUGUUGUUCCUAGGACAACAAUUAUCUUCGAACCACAAAGGGAUGGUAGAGUGUAUGGAUUUCUUGAUCUUAAUUGUUGUAAGAUGGUGGUUAAAGUUUCCUGGUCUCGACUUUCCAUUUGUUGACUGAACAUUAUUUUGUAGCCGGUGCUAUGUUGAUAUGUAGGAACUUGUGCUAUCCUUUUUUAUGAUUAAUGUUAGCUAUGUACUGAUGUA